AUGCGUCGGCGCAGAGGGAGCGGGCGGCGGAGAAGUAAAGACGACAGCAGCUGCUCGAGCCAACCACCAGCACGGCCGGCGGCGGCGGCUCAGCAGCGGGUGGGCGAGGCGCGGAAACCACACGCACAGCAGCAGCAGCAGGAGCAGCUUCCGCCGGGGGUAAAAGACAUCGACGCCGGGGUGUCGGAGGAGGGGGAGUCCCACCUGCUGAAUCCCGACUACGCCAAGGAGCACGCGCUGUACCUGCGCGAGCAGGAGAAACGGAAUAGGCCGGUGGCCUACAUCGGCGCGAAGCAGAAGGACAUGCGGCCGAGCAUGAGAAGCGUCCUCGUGGAUUGGAUCUGCGAGGUCUGCGACCAGUUCAAGCUAUCUUCGAGAACUCUGUUUCAGGCGGUGGACCUGAUCGACCGAAGCCUGUCGGCGUUCGAAGUUCCCCGGGGGAAGCUGCAGCUGCUGGGGUGCGCCUGCGUGGUCUUGGCCUCAAAGUACGAGGAGAUCUACGCCCCGACGGCCGAAGAGCUGGCGCACAUCUCCGACAACACCUACACCCGUGCGGAGAUCAUCGCCAUGGAGCUGGUGGUCGUGAACGCGCUCCAGUUCCGGCUGACGUGCAUCACCCCGUGCAACUUCCAGGACCGCUUCUGCCUGGCGGCGAAGUCGAACGCCCGCGAGCGGUCCCUCGUGUCGUACCUCUUGGAGCUCCUCCUGCAAGACUACCAAGGGGUCAGCCUGCUGCCCUCGCUGAAGGCCGCGGCUGCGCUGUACCUGGCUCGGCAGACGCUGCACCCUAGGGGCUGCCCGCGCGAGGCCUGGACGAGGCAGACGGAGCACUACACGGGCUACGCCGCCCGGGAGCUGGAGCCGUGCGUGCGGCGGCUUCACUACCUUCACGUCAGGGCCGAGGGGAACAACCUACACGCCGUCAGGGACAAGUACAAGAAGUCGGCGCUGCACCGAGUUGCGGAGGUCACAUGUGCCCUUGAGGACUACCUCCAUUUCGGGGAGGAAGGGGACGUCCGCCAGUAG